AUGCACUCGGUCUAUCUCAUCACACACAUCAGUCUGCUUGCCUUUGUCUCGCUCAUGAUCACCAUGCGGCCAGAUUGGCUACUCGUUGCAUUUCCCUGGACAGCACACACACUCGCUGCACACCAGCAAAAAACUGAAGCGUGUGAGCGCAUUAGCGCCAUCGAAAGCCUGCAACCAGUCAGGUUUAGGCCAGAUGUGCCAUUCAAGCUUGCUACGGAUGAGCAGUUUCAUGGUCGCAUUGUUGUGCAGUCCUUGAUUCGCGUGACGAGCUGGGCGCAGGAACAAGUCAGGCUUUCUGUCAGUUUGCAAGCGACGGAGAAGCAGCUGGAAGAUGCAGUGUCGCUCACCAUCGAAGAGAAUGAGGCGACGGUUGUGGUGGAUGGUCGUGGACUCGAUCUCAUUCAGCCUUCUUGCAUCAAUAUCGAAAUCCUCCUUCAGCUUCCUCAGUACACGCAAGGUUUGACGAUUGCAUCAGAAACGGCAGAUGUGCUAUUUGAUGCUACCAAUUGCUUUGUCAAGCAGCUCGAUGUGCUUCUUGACCAGGGUACUUUGGCAUUUCAACACGCUCGCGGCUUACAUGCUGGUGAAGUGACGGCAUCCCUUAAGCAAGGACACAUCCAUCUCACAGACACGGAAUUGACCUCGCCAAAAGUCGCCAUGACAACUGCAUCCGGUGCGAUCGUGCUGCAAGGUAGCGAGAUUUUUGGGCACGAGACGACACUCGAGACGCAGCAGGGAUCCAUCAUUGCAAAACUGGGUGGAUCGCCUGAUGCUAAAGUCUCACUUCGUACAAUCACUGGCAGUAUCGACGUGGGUGUCUGGGCAGUAGAUCCGGGAUUUAGUCACAAAGAACAUCUCGCUAGUAUCUCAGCAAACUCUCAAGCCGGAAAUAUUUUGCUGGAUGUCGAGAUUCCUACGCCAAUACAGCUCGAUGCAGUCUCCAAAAAUGGUGCAUUGCAAGUGUUGAUUUCAGGCAACGAAGGUGGGCACUACACGCUCCAAAGCAAACAUGGCUCUGUGUCCGUGAUUGGCCCUAAUGCACUGACUUGGGUACAGCGUGUGGUCAACGGUAUGUAUGGAAAUGGCAAAUCCGCCAUCAAGAUGUCCUCCACGAUGGGUUCUGUGCUGUUGCGUAUCGAAGGCGAGAGAGAGCCAAUUCAGCCUCCACCAGAAAAGCACAACACAGAUGAGAUGCCUUCCUGGUUUCUGCUGACGAUGCCACUGAUGAUUGCAGCUGUCUUGGGCAUCAUUGCUGGCGUUGCAACAGCCCGUGCUGCACUGCUUGAGGACAUUGACAGAAGCAUGCGCUGUUCAUCGCACGAAAGACGGGCGUCCAACAGCAACAACGCAGGCUGA